AUGCCUCGUCGAGCUAAGCAUAAGCCAGCCGCAUCGUCCGGUAGGGCACCUCCAGUGCGCAGGCGAGAUGACCAGUUCCACCAUGCCAUCCCGAGAUUCAUAUUGCGGAAUUUUCAAGUUGGUCCCCGCAAGACGGAGCGCCAAAAAGAGUGGCGUCGUACCCAUGUUGAUCCUGACCACGUCCUUUACUAUGACUUGGCCUCAGGGAGCCUCGACGUUCGUUCCAUCGGGUCCAUUUACGGACUCAAGAACCUCUACAAAGACGCCAGUAACCCUAGCAACGCCAAUGAGCUGGAGGAAAAGCUUUCUUUCUUAGAGCAAGAUGCCUCAGUGGUCAUUAACGAUCUCCACUCCAACCUCGCUAGUGGCAAUGCCACUCUUAAACGUCGUGAUGUUGAACGGCUACGGAAAUUCAUGUUUGUGAUGCAUUACCGCAACCAGGGAGGGUCAUACUUCGAUGCAGAUCAUCCUCGUGGAGGCCCCACAAUUCGGCAAUGGCUGGAGCGCUAUAAAGCCAACCAUCAAUGUCGAACUCACACAGAUGUGUGGCUGAGUGUCCUCCGCUACUACUUGGAUACUCCUCAUUCGCAGAUCCUCGACGAUGCCAAGGCGAUAUAUGAUGAACAUGGAAUGGGAAGGGUUCAAUUAGAGAUGUUGACCAACAUUGAUCCCAACAUGGAACAUUACCCGGCCCUUGCGUACCACCUCCAGGCUGAUAUGAGUUUUCUUUGUAUAUGGGAAGCUCAUGAGACAUCAGAAUUUAUUCUGAGCAACGAUGUUUUUGGACUGUGGGAGGGACUAGCGGCGUCAGGUGAUCACAUCCACCGUGUCUUUGUCGUCAGCCCUCGUAUUGCAGUUGUCUUACGGUCCAACAUGCUACCCAUGUUCGAAACGUUGGGGCCAGUGAACAGCGACCUACUUAAGAUUCCCCAGGAGCGACCUGUAUCAAAGCUCGUCAAUGGGGGUGCCGGAUUCCGAUUUCCCGAGGGCACUGAUCUAUCGUCGAUCAAUCUGAACCUCCUCCGAUCACCUGACGAUCUCUUCACAUUCACCAUAACCAAGCUGACCCUCGCUCAAACCGACACUUUCAACGCUGUUGUUCUGAAGAAUGUUCACCCUGACGGCGCCAUCACGUUUCUGGGAAAAGAACGUAUGCUGAGAACCAUUCGCGCAUUCUCUUACGACCAGACGAAUAAAUAUGAUCGACAAAAGUUCAUAUCAUUAAUGCGACAUUUAUCG